AUGUACGGGGGCGGGCGAGAUGGCGGCUGCUCCGGAGGAUGCAGGAGUGGCGGCGACCUGGGUACCGAGAACCCAGACAGCGCACCUGCUGGUGAUGCUGCCGACCCGGAUGUUACCAUCGGCGCCCAGUGUUACCGAUGCAGCACUCGCAGGGCAACGUUGCUGACCCGCAAGGCGUCCUGCAGGGACUGUUUCGUCGAGGUGCUGCGUAGGAAUUUCGCAUCGAAUCUUCGGACCCGCUGCAUCAAGCGGGUCGAGAGAGCGCAGUCGAUGAUAAUGCUGGUUGGGGGAGAUGCGUUCUCCACGUCGAUGCUGCAUCUGCUGCUGGACCGUAACAAACGCCGCUAUUUGCGGGUAUCGCAAAUUCCUGAGGAUAGUGACGUGGCGUCACGCAUCUUCGCAUCGGACGACCUGUCGGUGGAGAGCGUGCUCUCGCUUGACUUCCAUGUGGGGACCGUAGGAAGCUUCGCUGAGCGCUCGGAGGCGUUUUUUAAGCACGUCACGGCGGUUGUAAACGGGGUGGGCAACUCCAGCGAGGCCUGUCAGCCGCUGCCGGCCGUUGACACCGCCAGUGAGCGCCUGUUGCUAGGCGGAGUGAGGCUCUCCCAUCUACCCAUUUGUUAUUAUUUGCAUGAAGGAGCAACUUCGUGUGACCAGAGGUGUGAUGCGCUUAAGGGGAGCCUCACGCGGAUGUAUGACGGGUUGCUGUGCGACGAGUUGGCGUACUCCCUGGAUUUGUUGAGCACACUGAACCUACGCGCAUAUAUACAACGUAGAGGCCUCACAGGUGCGCUUGUGUGUGCAUGUGACACCCAGGAGGUAAUUGCGCGACGUGUGAUGAUGCUAACGUGUUUGGGCGCCGGCGACCGCGUGGCAUUCCGCAGUGCCUUCGUCGACGACCACAGUUUGGCCGAAUGCGGGCGAAUAAUUCGACCCAUGAAGGCAUUUUCGUCCAAGGAAGUCGCUUUGUACCACCGGCUCAGCGGUCUACCUGCGCUCCCGUCUUUGGAUCUUUACUGGCACGGGAGCCCCCAGGCCAGCAUAUUGGGCUGCGUCAACGCGUUGAUCUCGACGGUCACUUCCGCCCACAGCAGCACGCUUCACAACAUUUGUAAUGUCGUGGAGAAGCUGGUUCCCGAUUUCCCCGACCGUGUCUCAGUCUGUCGAGUCUGCGGAGGCGCCAUGUACCCCUCGGACGCAAAGGGGUGGAGCGAGGAGCUCCGCAGCGCCACCCGUGCGUCACUCUCGACGUUAUGCGACUCGGAUUACGAAAGCUUUGUCGACGUUCUCGCGUUCUGGGAGGUGUUCCGUCUCCUCCUCAAGGCUGACGUGUUGAUGAGCAGCUGCGUGAAGGCGUUUUCCGGCACCCGGGCGUGUGGUACGCGCGUCGACCGAGAGUUUGACGUGCUGCUAGAACGCGGGGUUGCCAAGGGGAAGACGCUGUUCAAAGACGUGUACCUCGUCUCGCAGCUGCUCAACCACUACGUGAACCCGCACAAGCGCGUCGUACCAGGCACCCCGUCUACAGCUGCUUGCGCCGAAGGCCACAAUUCAGACGACGAUGUCGGCCGAGAGCACCACGCAUUGCGUAAUUCGGACUACCCCCGAUCCUCCGCAGCUGGCAACGGCCGCGCCAGUGACAGCCCCGUCUGCGGUACCUGCGGCGUGGGUGCGCUGUGUCACGCAGCAACCUGCGCCACCAAUUACGGAGUGGCCCCCGCUUCCAAACGCGAUUGCAGUCUGGCAGACUGGGACAUUUUCACAAAACUGCUCUCAGGCGGCGACAGCCGUCCGCGCAUGAUGCCGCUGUACAAUAAAAUACCCUUCCUCUCUCUUGGCAACUUCGUGUUUUUCUACCGCAUAAACGAGGGCUCGUCAGGCAAGGUCCACGUGGGUUUUCACAAGUCUCACCGCCGCACUUACGCGCUGAAGGUCAUCAGCAAGUCGCAGUUCAACUGCGACCGCGCGCUUUUCCGCCGCCUCAAGGACGAGAUGAGCCUGGUGACUGCGCUGGGGCACCCCAACAUCGUUCGCACGUUCGAGCUGCUGGAAACGGUGUCCACCAUCGUGAUCGCGAUGGAGUACUGCGACGGCGGCGACAUGAUCGGCCUGAUAAAGGAGUACUCCCCGAUGGCCGAGCCCAUGGCGCGCGCAAUUUUCCGCAUGGUGGUGGCCGGCGUGCACUAUCUGCAUUCGUCCGACAUCUGCCAUCGCGACAUCAAGCCGGAGAACAUCUUCCUGAAGCGCGUGGCGCCCAGGUCGUUCGGACAGGUCGCCUCCAUCUCCGGCAAGGGCAGCCACGCGGUGGGCGCUUACGAGCCGCAUGCAAUUCAGUACGGCAUGAUGCCCUACAUCGUCAAGAUCGGGGACUUCGGCGCCGCCACGCGCAUCAAUGACAACCGCGCCCUGCUGGAAACGGUUGGCACCAUGAGCUACGCGGCGCCGGAGGUGCUCGGGUGCGGCGGCGUGACUGGGUACAACGGCAAGAGCGCGGAUAUCUGGUCACUCGGCGUGCUUCUCUAUGCGAUGUUGUUCGGCGAGCUGCCGUGGCACAACGAGGACUUCGGGCUUCGCGAGGCGGUCAAGCAGAUACUGGACAAACCGCUCACGUUCCCAUGCCAGACCAGCUCGACGUCCAGGGACCUCAUGUCGUCCAUGCUUCGCAUUGAGCCUGCCGACAGGCCCACCAUCGAAGGGGUCAUGGCCCACCAGUGGUUAGCGGAGGGUAACGUUGACGCUCCCCUGGUGCUCAAAAAGAUCCGCCCGACACUCUCUAAACCCGAGUAA